AUGUCUGCAAAAACCAAUGCUACCAUCAAAGGCGGAGUCGACAGAGGAGACAGCUACGAGAAACUGACUUCCGUCCAACCCUACGAGAAACCACCUCUCCACAGCAUCAUCAACUGCGACGAUUUCGAAGAAGUGGCAAGAAACACAUUGGCCAAGAAGACAUGGGCAUUCUACAGUUCAGCGGCUACAGACUGCUAUACCUACGAGCGAAACCGCAGCUUCUUUAGCCGUAUCUGGUUCAGACCCCGCAUCUUGAGAAACGUCAGUAAGAUUGAUACUACAACUACAAUUCUCGGUCACAAGGUUGGUGUGCCGUUUAUGGUGCAUCCGGCUGCGUUGGUUAAAUUGGUACAUCCGGAUGGCGAGAAGGGAAUUGCAAGAGGCCUCAGCAAGGAGAAUGUGCCAUACUGCGUUUCCAGCAAUGCCUCAUAUCCCAUCAAUGAGGUCGUCUCAUCCGUACCAAAAGGCCAGCCCUUCUUCUUCCAACUCUACGUAAACAAGGACCGCAAACAAUCAGAAGCUCUGCUCAAAAAAGUCCGCGCCGCGGGUUGCUCAGCCGUCUUCGUCACAGUCGACGCACCAGUUCCUGGCAAGCGAGAGGCCGACGAGAGGGUUUCAGCAGACGCCAGCACCAACGCACCCAUGACAGGUGCUCAAGCCGUCAACGACAAGAAGGGCGGAGGUCUGGGUAGAAUCAUGGGCAGUUACAUCGACAGCAGUCUGAGCUGGGAUGACAUGCAAUGGCUACGUCGAUGCUGGGACGGCAAGGUUGUGCUCAAGGGUAUCAUGAGUGCCGACGAUGCAAAGAUGGCUGCCGAGGCGGGAGUCGACGGUAUCGUGCUUAGUAACCACGGCGGCAGGAGUCUGGACACCUCGCCACCAUCCGUGAUGAUACUGCUCGAGUGCCAACGCAGGUAUCCUGAGAUCUUCGACCAAUUGGAGGUGUAUGUCGAUGGUGGCAUCCGAAGAGGCACUGACAUCUUGAAGUGUCUUUGCUUAGGUGCCAAGGCGGUUGGGCUGGGAAGACCUUUCUUGUACUCGGUCAACUAUGGCGCCGAGGGAGUGGACCACAUGGUAGACAUCCUCAAAGAUGAGUUGGAGACCACCAUGAAGUUGAUGGGCAUCACCGAUCUCUCGCAAGUGCAUCCUGGUCUCAUCAACAGCUUGGAUGUGGAUCACCUGGUGCCUACUACAGCGGAUCAUCCAUAUGCCAAGUGGAGUCCAACGAAGAGAUCGAAGCUGUCAGCACGCUUGUAA